GCUCGCCCCCCUCGCUUGGAACACAGUGUCUCUUCGCUCAUCACCGGGACGUCGCCUCGGAAUCGGGUGUCGGAUCUGUGAUGGGGGCAGCGGCCGAGGUUGGGAGCUUCGCCAACGGGUUCUUGGACAGCUUCGGCGCCGCACCGGCUCCGGUGGGCUCGCAUUUCAUCCUGACGCCGGCGGGGGCCGUGGACUACAACUCCGCAACGGGACUGAUGAUGAGGGGACAGGGACAGCAGCAGGAGCACCUGGUGUCCGCCGAGAGGCUGUCCCGGAGCCUGGCGGACCUCAGCCACCUGAAGGGGAUUCUCAGGCGGCGGCAGCUUUACUGCAGGACGGGCUUCCACCUGGAGAUCCAUCCGGACGGCACCGUGCAGGGCACCAGGAAAGACCACAGCAGAUUCGGUAUUUUGGAGUUCAUCAGUCUGGCAGUGGGACUGGUCAGCAUCAGAGGCGUGGACAGUGGUCUGUACCUCGCCAUGAACAGCAAGGGAGAGCUGUACGGAUCGGAGAAGCUGUCAGCCGAGUGUGUGUUCAGGGAGCAGUUCGAGGAAAACUGGUACAACACAUACUCAUCAAAUAUCUACCGGCACGGAGACAAAGGGGCGUUUUACUUCGUGGCGCUGAACAAAGACGGGACGUCGCGGGAUGGAACCAGGUCCAGGCGACAUCAGAGGUUCACUCACUUCCUGCCUAGACCUGUAGACCCCGAUAGAGUCCCAGACUUGUACAGAGACAUACUGGGCCAGAGCUGAGACAGAAGGAAAGUGUUACCCUGUGAAAAGGGGGAUCAAGUGCAGCUAUCGUCACCCCUUUCUCCGUGGAGAUGGAAGAGGUUGAUGAUCUGGACAGAACAGGACCAAAGACGCUCCACAUGGCUGCGAGUGAGAAGAGACGGGCGAAACAGCAGACAGCUCUUGGGAUUUGCAGGAAUCGAUUUGGAAGACAAGAACUAAGCACCUCAUGUUUAGCCCGGGCAGCCAAAUGACGAUCUCUGGAUUUCCUUUAUGUUUCUACUGAUGAAACCCAAUCAGGUCCAGACUGCAUGCUCAAACACACAAAAGUAAACACCUUUUUUUGAGUAACCCAUGGCUGCUAGUAGCCUUCUACUGCUGUGGCUGUUGAAAAUGCCUUUUUGUUUUUCAGCGUAACUCGGGCUGCUAAUUGCUAAUUAGACUUCGUCAUCUACCACAGUGUGUGGCUGGUUUACAUAAAGAAGGUAGCUUCAUGCACUGGAAACGCAGGAAAACAGGUGUUGGGGUAGAAAAAAAUGUCAAGAUGCUGCUCAGAAAUCAUGACUUUUCUGCAAAGAACACAAGGAAGAAGAGACAAAGGACAGUUUAAAUGUAAACGGAGUUCUGAAAUGACUUUUUUGUGGUUUCCGGCAGUGGAAAAACCCCUACAGGAACUCGGUGAAGGAAUUCAGCUGUUGACCAACUGGCUGCAGCCAAACAACAAGCAAAGGACCGACAGACACCUUUACAAACAU